CACUGGCGAGUACUUACUUCCGAACGCUGUUGGUUACGCUGCGGGUGAAUGAAGAGAUGUGGAUUAUCGCUUCCCUUCCUCAUCGUCACCACCGCCACCAGCACCUCAACCAGCACCAGAUCUAUCAGGUAGUGAUUGUUCUGCGAUCCUCGGUUCGGUGCUAAUUGAAUUAGGCAGUCGACGGUAAAAGGAUUCAAAGCAAAAAGUGAGUUAGUUUCGCGAAUAACCAAGUGCCACGCGGAGACAUUUUGCGCGAUCGCGAGUGGUUUCAGCUCGGGUUCCGAUGGGUGGUAGACAUCUUGACCGUACUUUCUACUCUAACUGUACACGAUCGCUCAAUUGCGGGUCGAAUUUCGACUGACUGUGUUUGGCCUGCGUUUUACUGACGGAGUUGUUCUAAUUAGUGCUAAUAUAUUCAGCCCAAACAUCCCUUGAAAGCGAACAAAGUUGUCGGUGGUGCAUCGAGUUUCAGUUCCAGAUAUGUGCGACGUCAACGGAGGAAGCAAACGUUGUGUGCAACAGCUGCUACACUAGACAAAACAGUGGAAACAAGUGAGUGAUACUGAAGAGGAAAAUUUCCGUUACUAGAAAAUGAUCAAACCAAGACGAACGGGUGCUGCCCGGGGUUACGAGGAGAUGGACGGUUCCAAUGUACCCCGGAAUGGUGUCACCGCAGCGGCAGGAGUGACCAACGGUGAACCCGACCGGUCCAGUCCAAUAAACAGUGGUGCACCGCCGGAAUUUGAACUGGCCUCGGUUAGCGUCGUACCGGAUGAUACCUUCACCGUAACGCAGGCCGUCAAUGCACUCGGUUUCGGUUGGUUCCAGGUUAAGCUGUCACUUUGUGUGGGCCUUUGCUGGAUGGCCGAUUCGAUGGAGAUGACCAUUCUAAGUGUGCUGGGUCCGGCGCUGCACUGUGACUGGGGUAUUACGCGAUAUCAGCAGGCACUGGUGACGACGGUUGUGUUUCUCGGUAUGAUGCUGAGUUCUACCUUUUGGGGCCAUUUGAGCGAUCGGUACGGGCGGAAGCCGGCUCUUACGCUUUGCGGGGUUCUAUUGUUUCUGUAUGGGCUAUUGAGCUCAGUUGCACCCAGCUUUGGAUGGCUUCUGCUAUUACGAGGCCUAGUAGGAUUUGCUAUUGGAUGUGUUCCACAAUCCGUGACUCUGUAUGCUGAAUUUCUGCCAACGAAACAACGGGCCAAAUGCGUGGUACUACUGGAUUGUUUCUGGGCACUGGGUGCCUGCUUUGAAGUUGCGCUUGCCCUAGCCGUCGGUCCCAAUCUUGGCUGGCGUUGGUUGUUGGGUCUCUCGGCUGCCCCCCUGUUUGCGUUUGCCGUCAUCACUCCGUGGCUUCCGGAAUCGGCACGCUACCACGUCACUAGUGGACAAAGUGAUAAAGCGUUGACUACCCUGGAACAGAUUGCUAAGGAUAACAAACGACCGAUGCUGUUGGGUCGUCUCGUGGUUGAAGGCCCCAGUGGUUCCCGUGGUAGCGUCAAAGCACUGCUUGGAAGCUCGCUUAGAAGAACAACGUUGUUACUGUGGUUUAUCUGGAUGUCCUGUGCAUUUUGCUACUACGGACUGGUGCUGAUGUCCACCGAGUUGUUCGGGGGAAAGAAUAAAACAGUGUUGCCGGAAACAGAAAACGACUGUCAUCCAUUGGCCACCACGGACUACAUGGAUUUACUGUGGACGACGCUGGCCGAAUUUCCCGGAAUAUUCGCUACCAUUUACGUGAUUGAACGGUUCGGUCGGAAAAAGACGAUGGCCCUGCAGUUUCUGCUGUAUGCGGGAUGCGUUUUGAUGAUCACCGUCACCGAUGUUCGUGUCUUCCUCACCAUAAUCCUGUUCAUGGCACGAGGCAUUAUUGCGGGUCUGUUUCAGGCAGCGUACGUUUACACCCCGGAAGUGUAUCCUACCGCACUGCGUGCCGUCGGAGUGGGAGGUUGUUCUGCCCUGGCACGGCUAGGAGCAAUGGCAACUCCUUACAUCGCACAAGUACUAUUCCAAGCGUCCAUUUGGAGUGCCGUGUCGGUGUACGGAUUCUUUGCCGUUUGCGCCAGUGUUGCCUGCAUAAUGCUACCCUACGAAACCAGAGGUACCGACAUGGGCCAGUAG